AUGCUCGGUCCGUGUUACGCCGACACCGAAACAUCACGCCCAAAAAAAUCCACAAAAUCCACCGAGUCCACGACACGCCUUACCCUCAACGUCGACGUGCGCCCCGUCCGCACCGCUGCCUCCCCCGCCGACCUCGUCACGUUCUACGCAAGCACCGAAGACCUCUACGUUAAAGAAGAGAAGCCCUCCGCCGCCCACUGCGGCAACCCGACGCUCCUUACACGACCUGCUCAACUACAUCCGCUCCGCCUCGCAGCCGCACUCCGUAAAAUGAGCCGAAACAUUGGGAGUGAGACUGGGGAGGCGCAUUUUGCGCCGCGAGACUGGCGCGAGGAGCUCGAGGAGUGGUACCAAAACUGCUUGGCUAUCCUCCAGCAGCAGCAGGAGGAGCAGGAGGAGCAGCAGCAGGAGCUACCGCAGGUCCAGGAGGACGAUGAUGAUGAUGGUGAUGAUGAUGGAGGAUUCCGCCUCCCCUCCUCGCCAGCCGAUGAUGGAAGAAUCCGGCUUCCCUCCUCAGCGCGCCUCCCGUCCUCGCCAUCCGCGCCCCGCCCAUCCUCGCCGCUGCAGCGGCAUGAAACGCGCCGGCGCGCUGCACGAGCGCCGACGCCACCGCCGCCCCCGCCCCCGCCGCCGAAGAAGAAGCUGAACUCCUGGCAGAAGAAGAAGCCCAGGCCAGAGAAUAAGAGGAUCACCCGGGCGGAGGUUCGUCGGGGCGAAGUGGAGCUCAAGCUCCACGAGAAGCGUCGGCUGCAGAUAGCGGAGGCGCGGAAGGCGGCUGCGGAGAAGAAGGCUGCGGAGAGGAUGAGACGCCGCCGCUAA